UCCUUCCUUCCUGCAGCCCUCAGCCUGAGAGGAAGAUGACGAUCAGUCCGCCGACACUCGACCGAGUCUGAACCGAGUCUGAACCGAGUCUCACCUCCAGCGGAAUGGAGACGGACCCGAGCCCGAACUCAGCUGCUCUUCUCCGGCCUUGAAACUGACGCGACCACCGCUGGAGCCGCGGAGCUCCGGAGCCUGGAGGAGCGGCGGGUGGAGCUGCAGCCUGCCGGGCCGAGCCGAGCCGAGCCGGGCCGAGCCGGGCCGUCAUCUCCCUUCACUGCGGAGGAUGCUCAGCUAGCUGCAGGACUGAAGCCUCGACAGACCCGCACCCUGGAGCCAGAGCCGACCCCCCCCUGCCCCCUCAGUGUCCCCGCAGGCUGCAGCAUGGAGCGCUCUGGUAGCAUCCAACUCGACAUCCCGGACUUCAGUAAUUCGGUUCUGUCACACUUGAACCAGCUCCGUGUACAGGGCCGUCUCUGCGACAUCGUGGUCAAUGUUCAGGGCCAGAGCUUCCGUGCACACAAGGUGGUCCUGGCCGCAAGCUCACCGUACUUCCGGGACCACAUGUCUCUGAGCCAGAUGAGCACGGUGUCACUGACAGUGAUCCGAAACCCGUCUGUGUUCGAGCAGCUGCUGUCCUUCUGCUACACGGGCCGUCUUUGCCUGCAGCUCGCCGACAUCAUCAGCUACCUGACAGCUGCCAGCUUCCUGCAGAUGCAGCACAUCAUCGAUCGCUGCACCCAGAUCCUGGAGGGCAUCCACCUGAAGAUCAGCCUCGCCGAACUGGAUGAGGAGUCCAGGGAGGAGGAAGUGCGGGGGUCCAGGGGGGGCAGGACCCUGGAGGCGGUGGUUCGAGGAGGGGGUCAUCAUGGUGAUCUGCGGCUCCUUGGCCCACGGGGCGGUGCAGAGGCACGUGAAGCAAUCAGCCCCGUUGAAGAGCCGAUCAGCCCGCCCCCAACUGUGGAGCACAGUGGGCUGGAGGGGCCCGGGGUUGCUGCUGCUGGAAGAGCAGGCAAAGAACCGAUCCUUCGCAUCAACCGGGCUGGUCAGUGGUACAUGGAGACAAGCAGCGAGCCGGAGAGGAGCCGCAGCGCGGAGGAGGCUGGCAGCGUGGAUGGAGUAAGGAUCAAGACGGAGAGGAUGGAGGAGUGGAUCGGAGCCGGAGAGCAACAGGAAGAGGAGGGGCAGGUAGAGGAAGGGACCACAGUGAUGAUCGACACGUCAGGACGCAGCACGCUGGUGACCGGGCCAGUGGGGGCGCUGGGGACCCGGAGCGUCCAACCAUCCUCCAGCUUCAGCGAGACAGACAGGUUCAGUCCCACCGGCAGCGUGGUCGUCCUGGCGGAACGUCAGAGGGCGAAGAGUGAGUCUCCCAACAGGGCAGACGAAGUGCGACAGCCGAACUCCCAGGGGGAGGAGCAUGCAGCGUUUGAUAUGGGUGGUUACGAGGACUACCUGAGGGAACAAGUAGGAGACCGCUGGUUCCGCUACAACCCCCGACUCACCUGCAUCUACUGCUGCAAGUCCUUCAAUCAGAAGGGCAGUCUGGACCGCCACAUGCGCCUGCACAUGGGCAUCACGCCAUUUGUCUGUCGUAUUUGCGGGAAGAAGUACACCCGCAAGGACCAGCUGGAGUACCACAUCCGCAAGCACACGGGUAACAAGCCCUUCCACUGUCAUGUAUGCGGCAAGAGCUUCCCCUUCCAGGCCAUCCUCAAUCAGCACUUCCGCAAGAACCACCCUGGCUGUGCCCCCCAAGAGGCUCACAGCGCUUCCCCCGAAACCACCACCACCUCCGUCACGUCCAGGGGGGGUCCAAGCGACGAGGCUUCUCCUAGCCAGGAAGAGCCAGAGGGUGCGGGCAGUGGUGGUGGGAGCAGCAGCGGCGGAGGCCAGUAUAGUGAGGGCCCCCAGGCCUCGGUCUCCACCACCGGGCCUGACUGACCCAGAGAGGCGGAGGGUGGGGUCGAGGUCGGGUGGGGUGACGCCACAGUAGCGACAGAAAAGACACCUUUGAGUCCGAACUGAGAUUUUUCCGCUUUAAACCGCAUCUACCUUCACUAACCAAAACAAACAGAUUAAGCUAAAAUGAAGAAAUGCCACACACCCCAACAACCUCAUACACCACAGGACACAGUGGUUCUCAUUUAUUACGUUACAGAUUUCUAAUUUUAUAUUUACAAGUAUUACAGGUUCAUAAAUUAACAUCACAACAGUUUGUCUGGUGGAAACUUUGCCAAACUACUCAGUGCCAGUUUAACAGAUCAAAUCCUUCAUAUUUGCCUUGAGACAAUCCAGGGUGCAGAGUUGGAUUUUAAUAAUCCUGCGUCCUCUUCAAGUGCCACAACGACGUCAAAAGAUAAAGCUGCAAAAAUAGGUUCAAUGAGAAAACUACGUUGAAUUCCAGUGUGAUCAGAGUUUCUAUGAAUGAGCGCCGUGUUGUAAAAGAAGGAAAAGUUUCACUCUACUGAUCAAACACGUAUCAAACAUGUAAACACUGUAGUUCACAGUGUAAUUCUGUCUCUUUGCCUUUAGGGGCCGACCUUUGUUUCUCUACUUCUAAACUAAUUGUCUUUAAAAUGUCAGAAAAAGAGAAAAUGUUCAAAAAACAAAAAACAAACAUUCUUUUAGGUUUGAAUGUUCAGUUUGACUCUGGUUUAAUUAUUAAACCCAAAAUCUUCUAUGUUUGAGAAAUAUACAUUUUAACAUUAAUAAGACAGUCAAUGCUCAAAUAUGUUGCAUCUUAAAAUGUUUAACUUUUAAAUGAGAGUGAAUCAGUGAGAAUAGUUAAAUGUGAAAAUGAUAUUUGAUUGAAAAACAUUUAAAUGUUUUAUUCAUUAAUUAAAUUAGAUGAAGUAAGAACUUCCAGAGCUUUUGUCUGUAUCUCACAGGCUUCUUCAGGUUCAGGUCACAUGAGAGUUUGAGUUUGACCACGAGAAGCAGUUGGAAGCUUCAGAUGGAGAACAGAGGAGUUGGGUGUGGAGCAGUGACACAGGUGAAGAGCUCUGGUCGCACUGGAUUUGAAUCUUUGAAUCUUGUGGCAGUUGGAGUCAGUCGUUCAGGAACAGACUCGCAGCAGGAAAACGCUGGACAAUGUCUGGCCUCAGAUAAGCUACACAGCUCAGUUACCUCUCAUCACUACGCAAUACAGCUGCUGCACUGCACAGCACAGCACCACCGGGGGGCGCUCUGAUCCACCCACUCAGAUCCAGAGAUCUCCGUCAGUCUUCUCAGAUAUUUUUAUAAAAGCAUGUCUUUAUUGUUCUUCAGAUUUUUGCGGAAACACUUUUUUGCUCUGACAAUGUGUGAAGACGAGUCGACACCUGAUCAACAACGUUAUACGUUAAUGAUGCAUCAGCUUCUGCACAGAGAAAAACUACAAAACAAACAGAAACUACACAUUAGAGCUGUGCUAACAGUUUCAAUAGGAUUAUAAUAAUAAUCGAUUCAUCCUUUAUGGAUCCUUCAGUAAUAAACCUAAGACCUUUUGGUUUAAAAGUAUUAAAUCAUAGAAUUAGUUGCUAAUUAAGAUUUUUCUACUUUCAGUUCCAAAAACUGAGGGAAGUAAUGCUAACCAUAGCGCACAUGCUAAAGACUUAUCACGCACAGAUUGUAUUCCAGUGGUUCAAACCUUUUUUUACUGUCACAGCUGUUUGUAGCUGUUUCUACCAGCUCUGCUAAAAUAGUUAGCAUCUGGAGCUACUUUACUCAUUUCUUAGCCGAUGUUGAAACAUCAGCUGCUUCAAUGUCGCGCAGACAAAGUACGUACAGAAAAUUAACGUCAGUGGUUCAAAGCUGUUGAAUGUCACGCACAUCAUUGACCUGCAUUACACGCAGAAAACAAGCAAACAAUUUUCUUAUCAUGUACAAACUGUUCCAGUGUUUAGGGUUGUUGUAGCUAGCUGCUCACACCAUCCGUGGCUAAGCUAGUGUGGAUAUCUGUUUAAUCUUUGCUUGCAGUACAAGAAAGUUCCAGGACGUGUUAGCCUAGCUUAGCACAAAGACUAGAAUGUGGGGGAAACUGUUAGCCUAACUACAAGAAAGGAAAAAACAUCCACCCUCAAAUAUUUUCAGCAGUAAUGUCUCCACAUGGCUAAGGUUAGCUUGAUAGCUAACAGACAGUUAGCUUUUACCACAAGAAUACAAUCUACAUACGAUGAUGAUACAUGUUUAAUAUUGCUUUUAACUGCAAUCAUUAUUUUCAUUAUAGAUUCAUCUGUUCAUCAAUGAGUCCUUUGAUUUGUAAAACAAAGAUCGCAACCAUUUCAGAUGUGUUCUUUUAAAAAGGAUGAAGUGAUGAAUCCUCAGGAGCUGGAGCCUUUUCAUAAAAAUGAUCAUGAAUAUUAUUGAUUAUCAAUAUAGUAUUUUUCCUUUGAUCACCAAAUGAACGGGCUGAUGGUUUCAGCUCAAGUAGGGUUUGAUGCCGACACUUGCGGUAGAGCUGAUGCAUCUUUGACUGACGGCUGUGAUCAGGUAGCGACAGGACGAAGAGCCAGACCCAGUCAGACCAGAUGGAUGUAGUAGCCAGGUCACGGAGCUGGACUUAAAAACCCUCCAGAGGUCAAAGUUCAUCUUCUGGAGGGUGGAGACCAGGUCACCUGGCAACCAAAGGAAAGACGGCGUUCAAACGCCGAAACAACUUCAGCACUUAUCAGAGAGACGGGGUCAGAAAGAGACUUUUUUAUAAAAACAGAACAAUUUUAAAUGUACACAUAUUAUCAGACAAACAUAUUUAAACUAUGUAAACACGAGGAGUUGAUUCAGACGCAGGUCGGCAGGUAGCACAUGGACCGGCUGUUACUGUUUUUCUAGAGCUAUGAAUCACAUUCUCAGUGGACGGUCAAUUUUUUUAUGCAAGUGAAGCAGCAGCUCCUGGCGGGACUCGAGUUUUCCUGCCUGAUUACCGCGCUCACUCUUCAGGCUAAAGCAGGAACUAUCAGGUACACAGAGACUUUUCUUUCACUCUGCUAAUCGGACAUUUACCUUCCCUACAGAGCAGAAUGCUAACUGCUAAACCUCAAUAACGAGAAAUAAAACUAACCUGUUAAUAAACAAACAGCCGCAGGUCAUAAAAAAGAAUCGGAGGACGACAAACCGAGCUGAGCAACAUGGAACAAAAAUCAGUUGAUGUGAAAACCACAAGACCUCGUUUUAAUUCUUAACGCACAUUAACUUUCAGUUUUACAAAAACGUACAUGUUAUAAUGUUAAACGUUUGCAUGUACAGUUGAAAUAAAGUUGUAGAAACAGGAAAAUUAACUUUGGCCAAUUAGAUUCAUCAAACAAAAAUAUCAGUGGAAACCAACCGAGCAACAUUUUACUGCAGUGACAUCAGGCAGAUUCUUCUGGAUGUUUGAAUCCAGUUUGUGCCUCAAGUUAUUAUAAGUUAUUAUUUCAGAUGAACCAUUAGAACUGAAGUGAUGUGAACAUUGAGAUGUAAAAGUAAAAGUUUUAUGGUUGAACGUUAUAUAUGUAUAUGCACAUAAAUUAUUACAGUUCAUACGACCUCUUUGCUCUUCCAUCUAAAAUCAGCUUAAACUGUCUGUUAGCCGGAACUAAUUUUAAUUUAGUGAUGUGUAAAUGUCCACAUUGUUUACUUUGAUUUAUUAAGGUCGACUUUGAACUUCUGGUUUAACCAGGUCCUGGUUCAGACUUUGAUUUUAUGAAGUCUCCUCUUUAAAAGAUGUAGUGGUUGAGGUUAGCUUCGAGUUAGCUUACACUUAGCUUACAGUUAGCUCACAGUUAGCCUACAGUGAGUUAACAGUUUAGAAGUUUUUAUUUUCCCUUGACAAAGAAGAAAAUUCCCAUAAAGUUUUGACCUAAAAAUAAUGUUAAAGUUCGACAUGUUGCUCAGCUCCAACUUAAAGUGUAGGGGCAGGAAUAAAAUGAUUCGAUAAAUCGAUCGUCCUGAUGCAGAUAAUCAUUCACUUCUUAUUUUAUCAUCAGUAAUUAGUCCGUUAGAAACAGCUGCCUCAGUUUCCACAUUUCUUAACUCUGGUUUUUUGGAUCAAAUUAAGAAAGAAACUAGAUUUUUUCCAACUUUGUUCAUUUUCACUUUUUUCAAAUAAAAAACUUAACAGGUUAAUGAAAUACUAAACCGGUCUGAACUGGUUUGAAAAGGUUUGAAAACAGGCUAACCUUCCUCCUCACCGCACAGAGGUGUCGUCAACCAGUCUGGUUCAGUCCGAUCCAGUCUCGUAUGGUUCAGUCCAGUUCGUUCCAGUUCAGUCCGGUCCAGUUUGGUCUUGUUCAGUCCGGUCCAGUCUGGUUCGGUCCAGUUCAAUCCAGUCCAGUUUUAUCUGGUUUAGUCUGGUCCAGUCUAGUUUCAGCCUGUUCAGUCCGGUCCAGUCUAGUCAGGUUCAGUCCGGUUCGUUCCGGUUCAGUCCGGUCCAGUCCGGUCCAGUUCAAUCCAGUCUAGUUUGGUCUGGUUCGGUCCGGUCCAGUCUGGUUGGAGGAAUCUAUAAAACAGGAGUAGUCGGGUCGUAGUUAACGAAGUGGACCGGUUGAACUAAAGUGUCGUGUUUCACAUGAACAGACUCGUUCUUUAAAAUAAAUGAUCAAAGAUCAGAAAACUGUCGAUGAAUCAACAACAAACUGGUGUUUGAUUAUUUCUAAGAAUCAUCAGAUUCAACUUGAAAUGAAUUCAUCUUUACAGAAUCUGAUCAGAUAAAGUGACUCAGGAUCCGACUUCUCUUCCAUUGUUAUUCAGUUUCAUCUACAAACUGUGAAAACGGCUCAACCUCAUCAUCUUCAUCAUCUUCAUCAACCUCUGGUCUUCGUGUCUUUGAGUCGGUCGAGGCUCCGUCAUCGACGUCGUUCGCUUUAAAUGCCAAAUGUUGGUUUCAUGUUUGUUUUUUACUUUUGACUGUUUCUGAAUAUCCACAACACGUCUGAUGAUACUUUACUGUCACCGUGUAUCUAAUAUAUCCGAGCAGAAGAUGGUUUUAGUAAAACUUUUAAUACUGUACUUUUUAAAGAGGACGUACUGAACGUGUUCUGAAGCUUUGAUGUGAAGAACUUUUCUGUUGCAUGUGUCUGGUGGAGGGGGCAAAGGUUGAUGAUAGUUAGAAAAUGUGAAGAAGCUUCUGUUACUAUGACCACUAUCAAUCUAUAGAUCACUCACAGGUCGCUUCACAGGAAAUAAAGCACUUUAAGUGUCAAA